CGGAAAUGUACCCUUUUUAUUAUUGUUUAGCUGAACUAUGUUUGCACUUUGUCCAUGAACCCCACAGAAUCUUGACCUGCACUCCUCAACAACCCCCGAUCCUGAACACUCCCUUCCCGAAUGUUUGGGAAGUACACACAUCUAUCUUGCUAAAAUUAUUUUCGCAAUCAUAUUUUCAAACAAAUUUUUUCGAUCUAUUUUUUGACAAAACCAUGCGCGAUGGCACAGCCCUAUUUUUUCUUAUGUUCCUCCUCAUUUUUUCAAUUAAUGAAAAAGAAUGA